AUGUCAUCACAUCCGAGUGAUAACUCUUAUGUUUGUGGAUUGUGCGCAAAGGGGUUUUCCAAGGUUGCUCGCCUCAAGGCACAUGAGAAAACCCAUCACAGUGGCGAAAGACCACAUAGAUGCGAGUACUGUUCAAACUCGUUUGCUGCACCCUCCAGACUGAAGAGACACAUGAGGAUCCAUACCGGAGAAAGACCGUUCUCCUGCGAUAUCUGUUCAAAGAGGUUCUCUCUCUCCUCACACCUGACAGAACAUAUGAGGAUCCAUUCUGGCGAGAAGCCCUAUGCAUGCGAAAUUUGCUUAAGAGUGUUCACUCGUAUCCAUCAUUUGACGGGACACAGGCGAACCCAUACUGGUGAAAAACCAUAUGCGUGUGAAAUUUGCUUUAAAGUGUUCACUCGCAUCCAUCAUUUGACGAGACACAGGCGAACCCAUACUGGUGAAAAACCAUAUGCGUGUGAUUUCUGUUCUAGGGCGUUUGAUACCGGUUCAAACUUGGAACAGCAUAUGAAACACCAUCCUGAGAAAGUGCCAAAUUAGUAUAAAUGUUUUGAAAAGAUAUUU